AUGUCUCACGAGGAAGCAUCUCACGAUGAACCACCCUAUGAGGAACACACUCUCGAAGAGCUUGAAACCAAGUUCACAUCUUUAGAUGAGUACGUGCUCAACAUCAAGAAGGGAUUUGUGGAUCAAGCCGAAAAAUGUGAUCCAUCAGCCAACAGUGUCAUUAACCCUGCCAUUCUCACCCAGUGGUGCUGCAAGAGAUAUGGCGCUAUAUCCAUGACCAGGCUGGUGAACAGCCUUCCGCUUUUCCUUGAUGGUUAA